AUGGGGGAUGUCAUCGUCACUGUCACCGUUACCAUCACCAUUAUCACCACUGUUACCGACAUCGUUACCAUCAUUGUUACCGUUCUCAUCAUCAUUACUAUUACCGAAAUCGUUACCGUUCCCGUCAUCAUUACUGUUACCAAAAUCGUUACCAUUAUUGCAACAGUUACUGUCACCAUCACCGUUAUUGUUACUGUUAUCAUAAUCGUUACUGUCACCAUUAUUGUCAACGUCACCGUUACCGUCACCAUCACUGUUAUUGUCACUAUUACCAUUACCGUCACCGUUAUCGUUAUCGAUAUCGUCACCAUUAUCGUUACUAUUAUUGUUACCGUUCGCGAUACCGUUACUAUCACUGUCAUCGUCACAAUCACAGUUACCGUCAUCGUUACCAUUACCAUUACGAUUAUCGCCACCGUUACCGUUAUUGUUAAUGUUAUCGUCAUAGUCACUGUUACCGAGGCCGUGAUUGUUAUUUUAUCCAUUACAAUAACCGUCAUCGUUAUUAUCACCGUUACUGUUACUAUUACCAUCACUGUUACCAUGGACGUUACCGUUACCGUUACUGUUACCGUCAAUGUUACGGUUAUCGUCAUCGUAACCGUUACCAUCACCGUCACCAUCAUCGUGACCAUUACUAUCACCGUUACCAUCAUCGUGACCAUUACCUUUAUUGUCACAGUUACCAUCACCAUCACCGUCAAAUUUAUUAACAAAUGCAAUGUGGGCUAUGCUUUUGUCAACAUGAUUGAUCCUCUUCAUAUUGUUCCAUUACAUCGGGCAUUCAGUGGAAGAAAGUGGGAGAAGUUCAAUGGUGAGAAGGUGGCAUCUCUUGCAUAUGCUCGAAUUCAAGGAAAAACUGCUCUUACUGCUCAUUUCCAAAACUCAAGCUUGAUGAAUGAGGAUAAACAUUGCCGCCCUAUUCUAUUUCAUACUACUGGUCCAAAUGAAAGUGAUCAGGAGCCAUUCUCCAUGGGUAGCAAUAUGCGAUCAAGGCCAGUUUAA